AUGGAUCGCAUUGAGCCGGUCGGUGGUCCAAACGACCGUUCCAGCGACGCCCCGUCCCCGGCGCCUGAUAACAACUCCCUAACGCCCACUGGCUAUUCCCCCAGACCUCGAGCUCUGUCGCGAUCCCGUCGUCCAAGCAUUCGUCUUUCCCGCCUCUCCUCCAUUUCUUCGUUGGGUAGUAGUGGCGACGACCCGAACCAGAACCCUCAGAACCCGAACCCGAACCGCCGGAAUGCUGCCGAUGAUAGCGCCACGGCGUUUCUCACCAGGAACAGGAGUCCCGGGCCUGGGAGAGAACAUACGCAGAUAGCUGAGGAGGAGGAUGAGUGGCAGGGUAAUCGUCGUCGGAGUAGCUCUGAGCCGCGUCCGGGACGAUGGUCGUCACCGUCUCCUGUUGCUCUGUCGCGCAUCGCAACGCCUAUGCUGCCGUUGGCAGAGGUGAGGUCCAACCAGACUACUGGUCUUCGUUCGCCAUCGGAAAGGCAAGAUAUCCCUGAGAACACUGGGAAUGAGGAUCAGGAGGAUUCUGAGAAGGUUGCCGUUAGACCUCCCCCGGUCGUGCGACCAAGGGGCGAUAGUCUCUUGCGGCGAACCAGUCAGGCGGCUUUGAGCCGGUUCUCCAGGAACCGCGCAUCGACAGUGAACGGUCCAAUCCCUAAGGUGACUGAUUGGAAUCAUUACCAGGAUGAGGACUAUGAUCGAACACAUGAAUACGAUCCGGAUAUUGUCAACGUUUUGGACGUUAUAGAUCCGGAAGUAUCCGCCCUAUCGACCCUGACCAACGUCCAAAACUCCCUCUUCGUCCCCGAUCUAUUUGGCUUUGUCAACCGCGAGCCCACCUACACCCUCUCUCCUCCCCGCCAUGAAGCUGUCACAGAGGAAGAAGGCACCACAACCGACGACGGCGGUGACAACCUCCAAGAGCCGCGUCCGGACAUGAAGAAUCUACGGCAUCUGUCUAGUAUAUCCUCGGUUUUGGACGCGGGGGAAACGCGAUUUGCCGUCUUGCCCGACGAGACCAACCUCGAGGGCUGGACCAAGCAAGAUUUGGAGGAAUUGAACGAUCAUGUCCGGCACAUGCUGCAUUCUCGCCGCUCUAAGUUCAAGCGUUCGAUGAAGGGAUUUGGACAGUAUGUUUCUAAACCAUUGGGAUUUUUGGUUACUCUCUACGCAACCCUAAUCACUCUCUUCGGAUUAGCUUGGGUUCUCUUCCUCAUCGGCUGGAUCAACGUUGGCGGAAAACAGCUCUACGUAAUCAACAUCAUCGACAACAUCCUUGUCGCCCUCUUCGCCAUCAUGGGAGACGGCCUCGCCCCCUUCCGCAUAAUAGACACCUACCACAUGAUCUUCAUAGCACGCUACACCUUCCUCACUUGGAAAAUCCGCAAACAGCGUGCCCUCCCCUCCCUAAAGAACAAAAACGACCUUCCCGCCCGCCGCGAAAUAGACAUCGACGUCGAAUGGGGAGACACCCCCAAAGACGAGGCCUACGAGUUCUCUGUCCUAGGCCCCAUACAACAAGCCCGUCUCAUCCACCACCAGAAGAAAUUCGCAAAGUCACACACAUUUUACAAACCCCACGAAACAGGCACACACUACGCCUUUCCCCUCCGUCUGCUCAUCGCCAUCGUCGUCGUGCUCGACUGCCAUUCCAUGCUCCAGGUCGCCCUAGGCACAUGUACCUGGAGUAUAGAUUACCACGUGCGCCCCUUCGCACUAACAACAGUCAUCCUCUGCUGCUCGAUCGCAUGCAGCAUCUCCGGCGGCGUGAUGAUCAUGAUUGGCGACCGGAGGACACGCAAAAAGGACGUCGUGGAACGUAUGUUCCGUCAAAAACUCACCUCCGAGGCCAUGAAGAUGAUGCAGAAGCGCAGGCUCAAGGAGGAGAAGAGGAAUGCGUCACUCAGUCAUACUUCUUCGGGGCCGUCGAAUUCGGCCCUGGUGUCGCAUAUUUCGCCGUAUGAGGGGACUUAA